UCAUUAUUUUUUUAUAGCGAAUGAACCAUGGCCAGACGAUGUCAAGCUAUUCCAGCCUUUUGAAACAGAACAGAUUUUACUGCCGGAUAAUGCAAGCUCAUUGGCAGUCCAAGCAUUUCUUAGGAUGUGCAAUCUGCAAUAUGAAGUUGUUCAGAGACGAAAUGCUGAAGAAAUGUCACCCUCAGGGCGAGUCCCGUUCAUUAAAUGUGGUGCUUUUCUGAUAUCUGAACUGGAACCUCUUAUGAGCUUUCUUGAAAACAAGGGAAUAUCAUUAUCUGGUGACUUGGACACCUUAACGAAAUCAGACAUGAGGGCGUACAUGUCGCUCAUGAACACUGUACUUGCCAAUGCUGAAUUAUACGUAACAUGGGUGGACCGUGACACCUACAACCAGGUAACAAAACCGAGGAAUAGCUCCGUACAUCCCUGGCCGCUGGGUUGGAUACUAACUGCAAAGAAGCGCCGACGAGUUCUCAAACGUCUCGGUGCUCUUAACUGGCUGGAUAAGAGCGUGCAACAGGUGUAUGAAGAAGUGGACUCAUGUUGCACUGCACUCUCAGAAAGACUAGAUGACAACAAGUACUUUUUUGGUGACAAGCCAACAGAACUCGAUGCAGUGGUUUUCGCUCACAUUUUCACAAUCCUUACAACUCCACUACCAAACAACCAGUUUGCAGCUACAGUUCGAUGCUACCCGAAACUAGUUGACCAUUGUAUGAGAAUAGAGAAGGAAUACUUCAGUGAAAAUAAGACUGAAGUUCGAGCAAUGUUAGAAAACUAAUCAAAUUGAAGCAAGAAUGUUAUUUUAAUUUAUUUAUAGAAGAAAAUACUUGUUUUGUUGGGAUUGCCCUCUUAAGGGAACCCAUUUAAUAGUCAAUCCUAGAUCCAUCUAUUUUUUCCCCGACUGACUUUAUUUUGUGUUUUAAAAUGUUCCUAAUUUGUUCUUGUUAUGUUAAACAUUGUACCUAAGGUUGUAUUUUAAAGUAGCCGGAACUGAAAAGUUUCACAUAACAUUCAUAACAACACAGGUAACAGACCAAUGAGGUUCAAGGAUUGAGAGAGAAGAAGUAAAAUUGUAAUGAUUUGAACUUCAACUGUUUAACUAAUCAGCUGUUCAGGCCAAUUUAAUUGAUGAGGUUUGCAAUUAGUGUUUGGUACAAUGUUUUGUUGCAUCACUGUCAGUGGCAAUGAGAGGUCAUAAAAGAAAACAUAACCUCUCUUAGAAGUUAGGAUUAGUGAUUUUUAGUAAUUAUAACACUGUCUUAGGUAAAGUAGUGUAUGCAACUUGUGUAAAUAGUGUUAAAAACAUUCGCAGAAGUUUGGAAAUUUUUAAAUUUUCUACUAGUGUCGUUAACACUAUCUUAAAUUAAUCGUUGCGUGAACUACUAUUACCUACGACUGUUUGUUAACUACACAAGUAUAAAUUUAAGGUAAAAGCCUUUAAAUACACCUAAUUUUCAUGUAGACAUUCAUCGUCAUAACAUAUAACUUAUAAUCGUUGGACUUGUUUUGUUUUCCCUGCUUCAAUAAAGUUGUUAAUCGUU